AUGGGUAAUCUGAAGCGCAAGGUGCAAAUACACGCCACUGAAGACGUCUACCAAAAAACAACCCAUCGAAUGACGACUAAUAUAACAGAGAGGAGAUCCAAAUAUGUUGAGGAAAUUAAACCAAACGACAGGGAUAUUGGUCGGAAGGUGGUGAAGAAAUUGCCGGAGCAAAAGUCAUCAUUGAAGUCCGUUGAUAGUUCAGGAGUGGCGACUCGGGUGCACUCGUUCACAGCACCUGGUAGCUAUGUCCCAAGGAAGAAGCCGACUAAUGAACGUGUGUUUUCACUACCAGUGUUAUCGAAUACUAAUACUGUAUUAGCAAAGGAAAAAGUGGAAGGAUUAUCAUCUGAGCGAUACGACGAUAACUUUACUGUACCAAACGCUAGAAAACCUCGUGUAGCGCAUCAAAACACGAAAAACAGUCCUCCAACCAUGGUAUCGUUAGAUCCACCCAAGGAUAACCGACCAGCUUCUUCAACCACAACAGAUGCGAUUGGACAACACUCCUCAAAAUGCAUUAUACCAAAGGCGAAAAAUUGUCGGGUAUCCCAUUGUAACAAGGAGAAUAAUGAACCGAAAGUGAAAUCCAGAUCAAAAAAGGCCGGUCACAAUUCUUCUGCGACCAGGACAGAUGCUGCGAUGAAUGAUCACAAAGUAGAGAAUGCGAAAAAUACGACAAAACAGAAUUCCAGCGAUCAGCCAACCGCUCCAAACGCAAGGAAGCGUCGAAUCUCCCAUUGCAAUCAGAGAAGCUCAAAUAAAUCUGAUGACAGUGAUACUUCACCACCAACGGCAACAAAUGCAGUGGAACAACCCGCAAAAAGACCUCGUAUAUCUCAUUGCGAUAAGAAGACAUAUCAACAAUCGGUGGUAUCUUCUUCGAAUAAAUCUGAAGGAAGUCGUAGUAAUUCGAAAUCUCGUGCACCUUCGAAGCAACUGGAAGACAAAUGUAGCAAAUUGUCAGAGUCAGAAACAAAGCAGAAUGAACAAAUCAAAUCGAAGCGACAGAAUUCGGACGCUCAAUUCACCAUGAUAACUUCAUUGGAACAACGGCGCAAAUAUCGAGCCUUCCAUGAUGAUCUUUCCAAAGAAUACCAGAAGCUAGCAGAUGUAAUCCAUGGAAUUAAGAAAAGGUGUGUCAUGCUCGAAAGAUCGUUGAUAAGAAAGCGGGAUGACGAGGCGAUGUGCAAAGCCAUUGAGAAUGAUAUCUAUAAAGAGUGGCAGCAAUUCGAGCCGGCCAGAGAUAAAUUUGAGCAUCUGCGAAAUAAUCUAAUCACAGUAACAAAACUUAUCAACGAGUACGAUCGGUCUAUUAUGUGUAUGAAAUAA